CAUGAAGUAUUCAAGUGACGCCUUUCCAAAAUAACAGAAAGAUCAAUAUUAUUACCAAUAAUCUAGCAACAACGGAAAACUUGAGCAACACAGACCAUUAGCACCACGGCAGCCGCAAUCCCGUUUUAUUUACGGAAAUGCUUGGUGGACUAUAGCAGGUGCUCCGACAUCCGGAAAAGCAGGAAAUUGACAGGCGAGCGAGCAUAUUCAGCAGGUGUAGCGCAUUCCUGCACAUCAUAAUACUGUCAGAGUGCAACCUGCGAAUUGGGGACUGCUGUAGCAUUAUACACGGCAAGCCUGGUGUUGGGCAUGGAGCUGUUGUAUCCGAGGUCCACCUGUCAGUUGAAUUAAACAUUUUCUAGUUGUACGUUUUUCUUCACGACCACGGCAUCCAGGAAGCUUUUUUUUUUCUUUCUCUCUCUCUCUCCUCUGUCCCGUUGUUGCAUUGGACUACACUCCCAGCAUGCACUGCCAGGGCCGGUGUAUUUGGAUACAGUGCAAGCAGCAGCAGCUGACAGUUUAGGAGAGUGAAUGGAGCAUUGGAAUAAUAUACUGCAUACAGUCAUAGAGGGGGAUUGUAAACGAACUGCAGCACACACACAGCAGAGAAUAUCAUAUUGAAAACUCCAAUCUUGGUUUGAAGAAAAUACAAAUAUGUACGAUGCAGUUGUAAAAAUGUGAGUGUGCAAUAGGAGUUUUGUUUUUUUUUUGCAACAGCGUGAACGUUGUUAAUCGAGGCAGUGGGUGAGCUGGCGACAGAAUCGGCAGUAAUCGUUGUUGAAUUAUUGUCAUGAAGAUGGUGGAUCCGUGGUAUGCCUGCUGGUUAAAUCGAGGGAUAAACACAACACUACCGAUGGAUUGUAUUUCAACUUCGCCAAGGAAACAAAGGGUCCACCUUUCAGAUUCCUGUCUGGGUUGGGAUAACCAAUAAACAGUCAAUACGGACUGCAGAUUUCCGUGUAGCGAAAGGCGUUUGGAAAAAAGAAAGCUUUUUUGAUCUUAUCAUAACAAUACAGUAUAGGAAUGCUUAGCUGUUGUGAGGUGAGAGAAAAAACAAAUCUGGUAUUGCAAAAACACUGGAAUAGUGAUAUAUGCAUUUAUUUAUUAAUUUUACCUUCCACUGCAGCACCAAAUUAAGCAGGUAUAAAAUCUCAGGGACAGAUUGGAGGUCUGAAAAAGAUGAAAACUGUAAUAUUUCUUGUUUUAGUUGCAACGCACAAAACCUGUGAAAAAGGGAAAUGCAAGGAAGGAAUAUCUGCAGUUCUGAGUAGGGCUGCUUCUAUUACGUUUUUUUAAAGAGAUUUUGCUAAAAUAAGAAGAAAUCAUUAUUGCAUUAUACUGAAAAACUACAUAGAAAUGGUAAUGAAAUGCCGAUAUUAGAUAACCGAACCUUUAAGAUUAUUUUUAAAACAAUGACAAGGAUAGGACGUGACAGGGAGAAAUCUUUUGAAUUGAGUAUUUGUAUAUGGCUGCUGCAGUUAAUAUUAUAGAAAGCUGUUGAAAAAAAUUCUAGUGUAAGAGAACAAGAAACGAUGCAGUAUAUUAAGAGGGCCAAUGACUCAUGUGCAAUUUAAAAUGAAAUAAUUUAUUAUAAAAAAGUUUUAUAAUUUAUAUGAAUGUAUUUCAGUGGCAUUUCAGGAUAUUGCAAGCUUGUAUUUGUAGUGCAUUAUAGAUUGUAAUUUAGUAUUGGUAAAGUCCUGUAUCAUAUUGUUUUCCUUUGUGUACAGAGUAGCUUUAAACAUCUGCUUUUAAAUACAGCAUAACAUGUGCAAUUUCUCUUUAAACAAUAAGCCAAGGAUUGAGCCUGCAGGCAUGAAUGGAAUACUGUGUGUUCCUUGUUUAACCCCUCGAGUUCGUCCUGCAAAUUGAAGGAGGCAGCAGGGAACCUAGUGGAUACUUUCAAUUGACACCUCAACCACAGCAAAGACAACUGCACACUAAACAAUGGGAUUCUCCUCGGUGGAUGUGUAGACACCCUCCUCCAAUAAUAAUCUCACUUGUAAUAAUGGAACGAUUUCUAACGUGUGUCCAUUAUUUCUGUUGAAGUCCCCUCACUGGAUUCUCAGAGACAUGUGCAAUCUAAUUUAUUUGCACCCUAACCCAGCAGGCUCAUUGUCACGAUGGCUAAUAAAAUGAGCUGUAAUAGUGGGGGCAGCAUUAACAAGCACGAUCAACAGCAUGGGGAUGGGACUUCGAGUACGACUGAAAAUGGCAGUUGUAAUUCGUCCACCUUUUCCUUCAGUUCACCGGACCACCCCCAGCACACCGGCCCCAGCGCUCUCUGGACUGCGGUGUUUGACUACGAAGCGACAGCCGAUGAAGAGCUCACCCUCUGCAGAGGGGACCUGCUGGAGGUGCUGUCCAGAGACUCCAAUGUGUCCGGGGACGAGGGCUGGUGGACGGGCAAAAUCAAGGACAAAGUCGGCAUCUUCCCCAGCAACUACGUCAUCUGGGAUCCCAACUACACCAAAAUCCACGGCAGUUUAAUGAAAGAGUGCCCCUUACCUCUGGAGAUUGAUUUCCAAGAGCUGCGUUUGGAAGAGAUUAUCGGGGCUGGCGGCUUCGGGAAAGUUUAUAAAGGCAUCUGGCGAAGUGAGGAGGUGGCGGUGAAAGCAGCCAGGCAAGAUCCGGACGAGGACAUCAGUGUGACCGCAGAGAAUGUCCGGCAGGAGGCCAAGCUGUUCUGGAUGCUCCGGCACCCCAACAUCAUUGCGCUGAAAGGGGUGUGUCUGAAGGAACCCAAUCUUUGCCUGGUGAUGGAGUAUGCCCGUGGAGGGGGUCUUAACCGAGCCCUCUCUGGCAAAAAGGUGCCCCCGCGGGUGCUGGUGAACUGGGCUGUGCAGAUAGCCAAAGGGAUGAGCUACCUUCACAAUGAGACCAUCGUGCCCAUCAUUCACAGAGACCUCAAGUCCAGCAACAUUCUGAUUCUGGAGCAGCUGGAGAAUGACGAGCUCUCCAAUAAGACCCUGAAGAUCACUGAUUUCGGCCUGGCCCGCGAGUGGCACAGGACCACCAAGAUGAGUGCCGCGGGGACCUACGCCUGGAUGGCCCCCGAGGUCAUCAAGUUGUCCCUCUUCUCCAAGAGCAGCGACAUCUGGAGUUUCGGGGUGCUGCUGUGGGAGCUCUUGACGGGGGAGGUUCCCUAUCGUGAGAUCGAUGCCCUGGCUGUGGCCUACGGAGUGGCCAUUAACAAGCUGACCCUGCCCAUCCCUUCCACCUGCCCAGAGCCCUUUGCCAGACUGCUGGAAGAGUGCUGGAGCCCCGACCCACACCACAGGCCCUCCUUCAGCACCAUCCUGGAGCAGCUUCUGUGCAUCGAGCAGUCGGCCAUGUUCCAGAUGCCCCUGGAGUCCUUCCACUCUCUGCAGGAGGACUGGAGGCUCGAGAUCCAGCAGAUGUUCGAUGAGCUGCGCACCAAAGAGAAGGAGCUGCGCAGCUGGGAGGAGGAGCUGACACGCGCCGCUCUGGAGCAGAAGGAGCAGGAGGAGGCGCUGCGCAGGCGAGAGCAGGAGCUGGCUGAGCGAGAGAUCGACAUCGUGGAGCGGGAGCUCCACAUCAUCAUCCACCAGAUGUACCAGGAGAAGCCCAAGGUGAAGAAACGUAAGGGCAACUUCAAGAAGAGCCGGCUGAAGCUGGGCAAGGACGGCAACCGCAUCAGCCUGCCCUCAGGUUUUGAACACAAGAUCACCGUGCAGGCAUCUCCAAGCGUUGACAAGCGGAAAGGCCAGGGCUCGGACAGCUGCAGCCCCCCAGGCAGCCCUGUCAUCAUCCCUCGGCUGCGGGCGAUCCGAUUGACCCCCAGCGACGGCAGCAGGACGUGGGGGCGCAGUGCGGUGUGUAAGAAGGAGGACCUGGCUUCCAACAAGAAGAAGGUGCGCACCUGGAGCCCCAGCUCCACACACCAGAGAGAGCGCAUCGGAGGAGAAGACAGGUUGAAGUCCCUGGGGGAGGGUUGUAAGCAGUGGUCAUCCAGUGCCCCCAACUUGGGCAAAUCUCCCAAGCAUGUCCCAAUCUCUGGGGGAUUCGCCAGCCUCAACGAGAUGGAAGAGGACUAUGAUGCCAGCUCCCCUCAGACGAACCCCCCAGACGAGGCUGACAGUAACGGGGCGGAGGAGGACAGCGUGCCCCCUCCCUCCAGCUGCACCCCCACAGACUGCCAUCGCCGUGGCGCCCAGCGCAAGAAGAACAGCCUAGUGCUGCUGGGCUGUGCCUCCAUACUGGCUUCUAUCGCCCUCGGCAACGACCUCCUCCAGCUCGGGCGACAGCAGAUGUCCCAGGACGAGUUGGAAGCCAAGGAGGAGAAGAAGAAGAAGGAAGGUCUCUUCCAGCGGACAGGGCGCUUCCGCCGCAGCACCAGCCCCGCCAGCAGGAGAGAGGAGUCCGUCCUGCCUUCCCUGGAGCCUUCCAGCUCAGUCACCCUGCUGUCCCUGUCCUCCCUCUCCGACUGCAAUUCCACCAAGUCACUGCUUCCCUUUGAGAGCGAGGACCGCUCUGCCACCAACCCCCUGCUGGACCUCAAAACUGAGAGCUUCAAGAAAGACCCCAGGCAGUCCCUGACCCCCACGCACGUGAGCGCGGCCCAGGCCGUGUUGCGAGGGCACCGGCGCACCCCCUCGGACGGGGCGAUUCAGCCCCGGGUUCAGACCCCCACCCACCGCAGGACUCCGUCUGACGGCAGCGUGCAGGUCCUCCCUGACACAGGCUCCAGGGAUGUGGAGGUCCCUCGCUUGCCCGACCCCUCUACGCUCUUCCCCCAGGUCCCGCGGCGGAGGCCUCCCCUCGAGAAGGACACUGCGGCGAUCGAGAGGCCCAAGACGCUGGAGUUUGCACCGCGGCCACGCCCCUCCUCCGGCCGGGCCAGGAUCGACCCCUGGAAGUUGGUGUCGUUCAGACGGACGCACAGCUCCUCUCCCGGCAGCAGCUGUGACAGCCCGCAGGCCUCAGAGGAGCCAGUCCCAGCCAGACAGACCCUGCUGGACAUAGACAUGGAUGGGCAGAGUCAGGACAGCACUGUCCCGCUGUGCGAGACCGCCCAAGCGCUGAGCUAACUGAGCCUUGACCCCUGAGCCUGGAGAAAAUGUGACAGCUGCACCGUGGAGAGAUGACUUUAAGCAAGCAUCGCAGCAGUCCAGCUGGUCUUCAGUGAAACCACUAUUAAGAUCGUAGUGCUGGGAUGCAUGGGUUUUUUUCAUGUACUUUCAAUUUUAACCUAAUAUUAGAAUAUUCUUACAUUUUACCUUUAAAACUAUAAUUCAUACCAUAUUACAGUAAAAUAAACCUGGUAUGCCAGUAAAUUACUCAUUUACAAAAAGAGAAAAACUCAGUGUGUUAUUUGUUUUAUUUAUGCGUUAGUGUUCAUUUUAAGUCUUCAAUAUCUUUUUGAUACAGUCUUUUAUAGAUUCUGGUAUAUAAACUAAUACAAAUAUGGUCAUUUUUGCCACAGAAUACAUCCCAAGCAGUGUUUGUUAAAACAUUCAAAUAGAAAUACAGGUGUUUGUUUUCGAGUAGGAUGAACAUAAUCCUGCCUGGGUAACAGAAGCAUAAAAACAAACGAAGGAUGACAACGCAGGGAAUUCUUUAUCUUAUCCAGAGUCUUCUGAACUGCGAGGGUUAGGCUGAAGACAUUAGUGUCCUGUUUUCAUGGCUGGCUAGAGCCAUCACUCACUGGUAAUGGAAAAGGAAUUCACUUUGAAACACCCAUUCAAGAUAAACUCGUGAAAAACAUGUUGGUGUCUAUAUGCUGCUACAAGAUUACACUAGAAAUGUUAGUUAACGUUGUUGAACCACAAUUAGAUUUUAAUGAAAAUAAAAAGGUCCUUAGUCUGUAAACUUCCAACUGUCUUUGACCUGUCAAGAACCAAGCAACAGCUGAAGUCUCCUUCAUCGUCCGCAAGUAAUGAUGUAAAGUUUUGGAUAGAUCCUCAUUACAGAAAUGGACAAUUGUUCUUCUGCACUGCUGGAUGCAUCAGAAAUGGACGAUUCCAAAGUGCUGGUCUUCAGUAUUCAUUUUGCUUUAAGAAUUUAUAGUGACCAACGUCACUGCCACGUGUUGCACAAACCAAUGCUUCCCAAUUCACAAGAAAAGAGUCGCACUGUAAUGGUGGAAUGUGUUUAUUUAUUGAAAGGGGUGUCUGUCUGCUAUACACUGCUUGCCCAAAAGAGUGUGUGAGUGGGUCUUGGUUUGAGUGUUUAUAUGCAUGUGGAAAAUAUGGAGAAACCACCAAGACCCAUUAUUGUACAAGAGCAAGGAUAGAGGAAUACACUCGCCCAGCGUCCAAUCCUGUGUCCUGUAUUGUUCAGAACUACCUUUUGGAGACGAAUUGCAGAAAUGAUCAUGACUGUUUCAGAAAUGAAACAGACUCCUGGUUACUCUGCUCUAUAGCGAUCAGACUCAUUACAGGAGUCCAACCAGUAAUAAGAUUCACGUCAGUCGAGUCUUUUAACAGCAAGGUGAGACGGUACUGUGUUUCAAGAGAUGCCUUGCAAUAACUUCUGUGCAAGCAACAUAUACUCUGAACACACUCCCUGUUACAACAGUCUCCUUUUUCAAAUGAAAUGUACAUUUUAAAUGCUGAUCUUGCAGCAGCUAUCUCGUGAAUUACACAGUUUUGGGGUCUAUAUGUUGCUUUCACAGACAUCUCCAUAUACUAAGAGAGCACCAGACUCAGGCAUGUCAGAAAGGCCUGGGUGCGGCUAAAAUGUGAAUGUGCUAAAGUUACCAGGAUGUGAACAUUAAAACACAACUUAGAACGCGAGUAGCCUAAAAUGCAUUUAAAAUGUUCUACUGUCCCCUACAAUGCAAUUAUUGUGAGUGGUUCUCAUUGCGAUUACUUACCGUAUUCCUUCAAAUUUAAAACGCAAUUUUUUAAUCAUUUUUUGCUUCUCAAAAAUAGCCUGCAUCUUAAAUUCGAGUACAGUAUGACUGACGAGAAAAGAAGAACAGAAACGUUACUGCCCGGUUUCGAAUCACCCAUGACAUACAGGCAGCCAUUUCCAAAGAAGCGUCGUUCGCUUCCUGAGGAAUUCAAAGAGAAGCUUUUACAAUUUCAGCGUUUCUAACAAACACUAUCAUGCUUGGAUGUAUCUUUGUAAAUGCAUAUUUCUUUGAUGUUUUUUUUUUUAUUUCAAAUUGAGGGUGGUAGAUUUGGGCUGCAUCUUAAAUUCAAGGGCGUUUUAAAUUCGAAGGAAUACAGUAAAUAUGGUGUUGCUUCAGUUCCAUAGACAUAUGUAGGCCACAUCAGCCAAACUGUUUUAAUAGAAGAGUCUGUGUCAUCCAGUGUUCUUUCUUUAGUUUCCCUGGCAAUACACGGCUGUGCUCUAGAUGGCGCUGCUGCUUACUAAUAUAAAGACCCUUUGGCUGAUCUAGUCUGUGUAAGAGCAGCUCAUUAAAUCAAAGCACUUGAGCACAAAAAAUACUAAUGUAGUCGUAGCACUAAGGACCGCUAAGAAUGAUCGCAAACAUCAAAGGCAAGAGAAAAGAAAAAAUGAAGACAACAUGGAUGCUUAGAAGAUUUGAAACCACACAUGAGUACAAAUAUUGCUGUGUUUUUGUAACCCUACCAGCUUGCUGACGUUACAAGCUGUAGUGAACAGAAAACAGUUUACCAGUCUCAGAUCUGACUUUUAAUAGUUCUAGAAACACUAUGAGCAAAGUUGUCCUAAGAAGCAGGGAUGACUUUGGAGAGAGCUGAGAGUGCUGUUUAACAAUCCCACGUCCUUCCUGUAUCCUAAACAAGGAGGGGUCAAAGACAGCUCUUCAGGUGUGUUCCUCUGAGCUGCAAUAGAACUGACUGAUCCCGCUGGUUUAGGUGCGUUCCUCUGAGCUGCAGAACUGACUGAUCCCCCUGGUUUAGGUGCGUUCCUCUGAGCUUCAGAACUGGAUAGCACAAGCAUCCGUACCUUGCCAUCCCCACUGGGCCCCACAAUUCAGACAAAGAGGAAGCUCCAGACAGGAUAUUGGAGACCUGAGAGGCAGGGGGGAUGUAUUCCGCUGUUUCAUGCUCAGAUAUGUAUCGUUUUUAUGUUCAGAAUUUUGUGGGAAAUGUUUGUCUUGGCAAAAAUCGGAAUGUUGUUCUGGACAGGAAAGGAUCGUAAAGGAGAAGUUGAGUCUGUCUACACUUUCACAAAGGUGUCCCCCAACUCUAUUACAAUGUGCUGUAGCCAGACAUGCUGAGGAAACGCCAAGCCCAGUGUACAUGCUCCCAAAGCAUCCCAAUGAUGUAUAUAUUUGUAUAUAUAUAUAUAUAGCUACAUCUUUGUUGAAGAUGACUGAUUUUAAUGAAUAACUUGUUAAUUUAAAUGAUAAAGUUUGAAAACUGAAAACCUGUUGAAAUAAAACAACAAAUAUAUAAAUACAUGAAUAAAUACGUAUCUGUACUUUCUUUAUGUAUAUUAAAUCUGCUUGAUUGAAAUGCAAACUCCCGACGAAGGCUGAACGAGCCAAAAU